AUGUGGUCUUUCGUGAUCGGACUCUUCAUGCAUCAGUUGGGCGGAAUGACAUGGGUCGCCGUUCAGCAGCUCGUCGACUCCCUUCUCAAGCUCUUCGGUAUCACCUUCAUCGGACAGUUUCUUGAUAAAAUCGACCGUGAUAAGAUCAUCCAGCGAACUCUUCUUCUCAACAACGCAGCUGUUGCCCUGUCCGCGCUCAUCUUCGCUGGAAUGUUCCAAUAUCGCCCGGAGAACUAUGCUACGCUGUAUCUGUUGAUUGCUUCAGCGAUCGCCUCCGUUUCCAAAGUGGCCAGUGAGAUUCAGAGAAUCUGCUUUACCAAAGAUUGGGUAGUCGUCAUUUCUAGAUCGGAAAGAGUUGAUUUGUCGAAAGUCAACUCCUAUCUCCUCAGUAUCGACCAAGCGUCGUCGCUAGCCCUUCCAUGGGUCAGCGGAUGGCUUUUGGACCACUUUCCAUGGCAAACCGUCUGUCUCAUCAUCAUCGCCUACAACUGCGGAUCGUGGGUUUUGGAGGCGUACAUUCUGAGGAAUCUGUACCAGAAUACCGAGGGUUUGAAGACGAGAUCCAGUGAGCUUGAAGGCGACGAGGAGCUGAUGGGUAUCAAGGAUAUUCGUAUGAACACUGUCACGACGUACUUUAGACAGAGUAGCUGGACUGCUGGAUUCGGUCUCGCUUUGUUGUACAUGACUGUGCUUGGAUUUGAUAAUCUCGCCGCCUCCUAUGGCCAGAAACACGGCCUCUCUGCUGGCUACAUUGGCUUCCUUCGUGGCGUCGGCUCCCUCUUGGGUAUUGCCGGAACCCUCAGCUAUCACCACAUCUCCAAACGUGUCGGACUUCUCUGGACCGUAAUGAUUGGCUUGAUCUGGCAGAACAUCUUCAUCGAGAUGUGCGGAGUGUCUAUGCUUCUCCCCGGAUCCUCCAUGGAUGUCAGCGGAUUCAUUCAGAAUACCACCGCUUCCCAAUGGGUCUCAAAAGUCGUUCACAAAGUCACCAAUCCCGAACCCCAAGAUGUCCCAUCGAUUCCAUUCUGGGAGGUCUCCCUUCCCGUCAAUCUCUUCUUCUUUGGUAUCAUGUUCGCUCGUUUCGGUCUGUGGCUUGCGGAUCCGGCGAUCACUCAAAUUCAGCAGGAGACUAUUCGAGAGGAUCAACGCUAUAUGGUGUUCUCAGUGCAGUUGGGAUUGAAUGAGCUGUUCUCGGUGCUCAAGGACAUUAUUGUCAUCAUGUUCCCAUUCACCUCGUUGUUCGGAGCACUGACGUUGGGAUCGUGUGCCUUUGUGUUCGCCGGAUUUGUGUUUAACCUCUUCUAUCAUGCUCAGUGCGGCUUCUCGUUGACCAACAAGAACAUGCACCUCGUCGAGCAGGAGUCCACGGAGAUGUCCGAUCUCUCAGACACCUCCCCUGAGCGUCAAUCGCUGAUCGGAGGAGUCAGCGGAGAUCUGAGAGCAGUGGAGGAAGAGACCAAGGCCACGAGCAGCACGAACAACGAAGAGGAAACGCACUGA